UGGAGCUGACCCAGAACUUUUGCUAAACCAAUGUUUGCCCUGUCUUAUUAUAAGACAUUGCAGCAAAUACAUAAUGCUUUCUAGAAACCACACAGGCAAGAGGAAGAGCUUUCCUGGGAAGCUUUUUGGAAAAUGGCUUUGAAUGUACCAGGUCUGAUUGCAGUGAUAAUUUUUUAUUCAAUUACCUUAGCAACUGGUAUGUGGGCUGCUUGGAAGGCAAAAAAGAGUGAAAAAGGCAAAAAUAAAACAGAAGUUGCCAUAGUGGGAGGUAGAAAUCUGAAUAUGUUUGUUGGACUGUUCACCACAACUGCGACAUGGGUUGGCGGUGCCUAUAUCAAUGGCACAGCGGAGAUCGUGUACAUGCCUUCAAGAGGACUGGCAUGGGUUCAUGCACCAUUGGGAUUUGCAGCAACGUUUUUUAUUGGUGGACUAUUUUUUGUGAAGCCGAUGAGGUCUAAAAAUUAUGUGACGAUGAUGGAUCCCCUCCAGGAAGCCUUUGGAAAUACGAUGGGAAGUAUCUUGUUUAUCCCUCCGUUACUUGGUGAUAUAUUUUGGUUUGCAUCAAUUCUUGCUUCUUUAGGAGCCACUGUGAGUGUUAUAUUGGAUGUGAAGGGAUACCUAUCCAUCAUUAUAUCAGCUUGUACGGUUAUAUUGUACACUUUGCUUGGUGGUUUGUAUUCAGUCGCCUAUACUGAUGUCAUUCAGCUUCUUUUUAUGAUAGUGACUCUGUGGAUUUGUGUACCAUUUGCUCUUCUAAAUUCAGCAUCUGAAAACAUUGCUUACACAGCAGUUCAUGAACUAUAUCAAGCUCCAUGGAUUGGUAAAAUACACACUGAGUACAUUGGAAGAUGGUUAGAUGACCUAGCAUAUCUGAGCCUGGGAGGCAUUGCAUGGCAAAUCUAUUUUCAAAGAAUUCUUGCUGCCUCUUCUACCAAGCAAGCAAUGGUAACCUCCUAUCUCUCAGGCGUUCUAUGUGCUGUGAUGGGUGUUCCAUCUAUUCUGAUUGGUGCAGCUGCAGCCUCAACAGACUGGAAUCAGACUAACUAUGGCUUACCAACGCCCAAUGAGAGAAAUGAGUCGAACAUGAUAUUGCCCUUGGUUCUACAGCAUCUUUGUCCUACGUAUGUGUCUGUAGCUGGUUUAGGCGCCAUAGCAGCAGCUGUAAUGUCGUCUGCAGACUCCUCCCUUCUGUCGGCCAGCUCUAUGUUUGCGUACAAUAUAUACAAAAAGCUGCUGAGGAAAAAGGCCUCUGAUAGAGAAGUUAUCUGGAUAAUGCGACUCUCCAUGGUGUUGCUUGGAUCUGCAGGAAUGGGACUGGCAUUUCUAUCAAAUUCGGUGUAUGACCUUUGGUUCCUAAGUGGCGAGCUGGUGUAUUCUCUUUUAUUUCCUCAACUUUGCUCUGCCCUUUUUAUAGCGGGUACCAAUGCUUAUGGGUCCGCAGCUGGAUUCUUUUUGGGCUUCAUCCUUAGGCUUUUUGGAGGAGAAAAUUCUUUAAAGAUUCCUCCACUUAUCCAUUAUCCAGGAUGCACUCUUGUGGAUGGUGUCUAUGUCCAGCUAUUUCCAUUUAAGACAUUUACUAUGCUAGUUAGUUUGAUUACUAUUGUUGUCAUUUCUUAUUCUGCACAGUUUUUGUUUAUGAAAAACGUGUUGCCAAUUCAUUGGGAUGUUUGUAAUAUAUUUAGAAAAGAGCCAGUUCCUUUGGUGCAACAUGAGUUGGAAGAAAAAGUAACUCUUCAACCUAAUUCAUGAUAGAGUAGCCAAGUAAGUUACAAUUACAAAAGAUUUCACAUAUUUCCAAAUAUAAUUAUAUGCAAUAAUAUUACUGUAUAAAAAGUAUCUAUGAAUAGAUCAGCUUUGCAAUAAUUUAUAAUAUAUACUGUCCAAAAAAAUGACAGGGCUAAUAUUAAUUAUAUUUAAAUAUAUAUCCUGUCAAAGAAACUGUAGAAAUACAUAACAUGAUGAUUACACUGUUAUCCUGCACACUUUGUAAAUAUUCUUCUUUUUUUUCCAUUUGAAACAUGAUGUAUAUCAGUCUACUCCAAUGCGCCAGUGCACAAUUCAAAAGUCCACAAGGUCUUCAAAACAGGUCAAAACUUUUUCAGCAAUAAAAUUAUUUUAUGCAAAA